AUGAAAGAGAAUCUCGAAAUCAGCGGUUACUGUACCGCAGACAUCCAGAAAGUACCCAAGUCACAGCCCCAACUCAUAUUUUUCUUGCAUCGCACCAGAUCAGGGCUAGGAAGCUUUAGGGAAGUCCUAAUAAUAGGGAAUAAUAGGGACACACUCUCAGUCUCCUUCCUGUCAGCAACAUCUGGGCUCGAUACUGUCGACUGGGCCAAGAGCCUUAGUCGCCAGCCUCCUGUCGUUGGCUUGGCCGAUUUUUGUGUGCGCAUGCAAGAGCCUCUUGAAUCAACAUCUUGUCGAUUGCAUCACGAUUCUGCGGACAUUCAGUAUCGAGGCUUAUACUAUAGCUCUAGGCACACCUCCAUACGCGGCGCUCUCCGGUUUCAAGCAGCCCAGAAACACCUGGGCUCAGAGAUUGCAGAUCACCGCCAAUUCGUCCAACAUCGGCGCCUUUGGAAAAACCGAAAGUCCCCCGAUGCCAUCUCUCUCGUGACAUCCUAUUAUUUCGGGAUUUGUGGACGGUGGAAUUGCCCAUUCAAGAUGAAGGAAAUAGAUAUCGAGGAAGCUCCCGUUCCUAAUUCACUGGAGGCGAGCAAAGGUUCAAACUGGUCUCUUGUUGCGUGGAUAACGGCGAACGUCUUGGCGACCACCGCGAUUGUCUAUGUCAACAAAUUGAUCUUCACCGACCCCUCCUUCGGGAGAUGCCCGUUGGGGUUUGCUGCCUUCCACUUCUUCAUCACGACCUUGCUGCUCUAUUUUGCUUCUCGCCCUAGAGUGCGCCUAUUCGUCCCGGUACGAACAAGUGUCCUCCCGGUCCUCCCUCUCACAUUGAUUAUGUGUGCCAGCGUUGUCUUCCUAAACCUGUCGCUUGCCUAUUCCUCGAUACUAUUCUACCAGGUUGUUCGUUUAUUACUAACUCCUCUUACCGUCAUCAUUAACUUUUGCUUAUACGGCUCGAAAAUCCCCGUGAGAGCUUGCCUCGCCCUCCUCCCCACCGGUAUUGGCAAGGGGAUAGUGUCAUACUAUGACUCCUUCAGUGAAGUCCCAAAGAAGGCCACAGUCGAAACUACCUCGGGCGCUGGGGUAUGGUCUUUUCGUUUUACUGGUGUUACUAUCAGCGCUGUAUACACCCUUUGGGUUUCACAGUAUCACAAAAAGCUGCAGAUGGAUAGCAUGCAAUUACUAUAUAACCAGGUCCCCUUCGGCACAUUGCUCCUCUUCAUUGCAAGCCUUUUCACAGAAACAUUCCCCGUGUGGGGGGAUGUACUCCCUCGGCAAUGGAUACUACUCGUGAUAAGUGGAGCUUGCGCUUGUAUCGUGAACCUCUCUCUCUUUUUCAUUAUUGACCAUGCAGGCCCCGUCAGCAGUACUGUCACUGGACAUCUAAAAACUUGCAUCAUCGUUGGACUUGGCUGGGCUUUAAGCGAGAAGAUCGUGGGUUUUGAAAGCAAAUUUGGCAUCCUUCUCUCAAUAUUGGGCAUCAUAUUAUACUCGUUUGCAAUGCAUAACAAGAGCGCGAAAGGCUCUCAGCCGGAAAAGAGCAGAGAGGAUGAAGAUAUGAAUUUAUAG